AUAUAUCAAAUACGUCUGUGAAAUAAAAUAAAUACAAGAUGGAUUUUGAAGUGAAUAAUUUCAAUGAAGUUGAUUCCAUUAAAAACGAACUGGCCAGUAUAAGAAACCAGGACGAAAUCUUAAUGCAGAGCCUGCUUCAGAUCAGUAAGACGAUUCAGAAAGCGGCCUUUGACUCAAAGCCGGUUCCACGACUAACCCUUGGUCACAAAAUCAUCUGCAGACAUGGACACACUAACUGCCUAGGAUACAACAGAACAGAGGAAACGCUGCUAAUUAAAAGAACAGACGCACCACCACAACAUUUAUCAGACUCACUGAGGAACCUUAGAGACAUCACCAGGUCUAUAGAGGAUAUGCCUGUCUCUGAUGCUUCAGAUCUUUCGUCUUCUGACAUUGACUCGGACUAAAAGUCAUC